AUGUCUGGAUACUAUCAUAUUCUUGAUGAAUUGGUAAAAGCACUUAUUCAGACAGGUCGGUAUUAUCAAUCAGAAUUUAAUGCAGUCAAUUUGGCACAGUGGCCCUCUGGCUAUGCAUUGGUUAGUCUGAAGUAG